AUGAAGGUCAAGAUCAAGCAAUGGAACGCGGUUGCAACAUGGAGAUGGGAUCUUCCCGAAGAUGAUGUGUGUGGAAUUUGUCAAGUCCACUUUGACGGGACGUGCCCAACCUGCAAAUAUCCAGGAGAUGAUUGUAGUCUCUUAUCCGGGAAGUGUGGCCACAACUUUCACAUGCACUGUAUCAUGGAGUGGAUAAAACAAGACUCAGCCAAAGGCCAAUGUCCAAUGUGUCGACAGAAGUUUGAAUGGGGACCAGAGACUGGGGUGCCGCAGCAAUCCGUCGAAGAUCAGCAAGACACAAUAGUUGAGGAUUAG